AUGGCGGACGAAAAAGAUGAAAAUUUCAGUGAUCAAAAUGUAUCACCAAAGCCCACUGAGAUACAACGGAAUGUUUAUAGUACAGCAUGGCAAGAACGGAGAGCGAAGAUUCGCAGCACUAGCAAGAUCAGUGAAAAAAUACGAGUUUCAAUGCAAAAACUUGAGUUACAAGACGUAAAUCAAAAGCUUGAAGGGCUUCUUAAUGUCAGUACAGCUGUUUCGAAAAGGGCUAUUUAUGCAGGGUUACUUUAUGUUCUCCAUGAGUUAACUUCAACUGACCAAAUAUCAGGAAAGUUAAAAGUAUUUUGCCGUUCCAAGAAGGAUACGAGCUUUAUUCUAGUGCUUUUGGACCUGAAAUUUUAACUCCGGAUCCCCGAAACUUCAGAGAUAAUCUGUUGUCAGAUGACAUUGGAUUACCGGUUGUAGUAUUUAUGGUUAAAAAUGUAAAUUAUGUAGCCCUUGACCCAGGAUGCAAUGUGGUGCGCUUUCUAGAUCUAUUCAUAAAUUACGAAGCAGAAGAGCUGGUAACCAGGUUUGAUUUGGAUGCAAUAUCACUGAAAACAAUUAUAGAUUCUAUGGAAACCGAAUAUGAUAGGUCUGUAGUCCGUGCUAUUAUUGCUACAAUGUGUACCCGAAGUGAAAUUUACAAUUUGGGUAUCAAGCCUCAAGUUGCCAUAGCAUCCUUGCAAAGAAUUUUAACUGUAUCCAGCGAUGUUCAGAAUGCAUUAACUGCUGGGACGGACAUGGCUGUACUGUCUUUGCAAGAAAAAAUUAGUAAAAAGGAAAGAGAAAUUGAGUAUUUAAAGGAGUCUUAUGAUGCAUUAAGCAAAAUGCGGUCAGACAGUAGACAUCUGGACAGCAUUUCAGAGAAAAUAACCUGCCUCGUCCCCAGUCGCUUGCUAUCAAACAAUUAAUUAGGAAAAGACGAAAGUAAUUUUUCGUCUUCCCAUUUUCCUUUGCGCGCUCGUCCUUAGUUGCGGGCGUGCGCCUAAAGGCGUGCGUCUUUAUCGGGCUUGCAGUGCACGCGCUGAUCUAUAUAUUACAGAUAUUUAAAUUUGAUCUAUAUAGAGGAGCCUGCGGAGGAGGCAGGAAAAUAACAACAUGUAAUGAAAGUUUGACAUCUCUUCAGCAAGUCUUGAACCGCGGCGAUUCUUAUUCAAGGCAGAAAUUUAAUGCAGCAGCAAGAAAAAAAUCUCAGAAUUUGAUAGAACAAAAUAGACUAAGAAAUAGAGCUUCAGGAGCUGGUGCUAAAAGAAAGCUUGAUGAUAUUGAUGAAGAAUUAAUUGCAAAAGCUAUUGAGCAGAAAACAACUGCACAUGGUAGAAGGCACGACAUGGUGCUCUAUUAUCACAAGCGACUGAAAAGGGAUGAUUUAUUGAGUAUUGCCAAUUAUCAUCUUUUAGAGCGUGGAAAAGAAAUGAUCAAAUCUGCAACAACCGUAUACAACAGGGGAAAGACAAAAAAACAGAGGUCAUUGCAAUCAAAAAACCAUAUAGGUAAUCUAACUAAAUAGACACCUUAAACCGCAUAUGACACGAAUUUUUCAUCCAUCAUUGUAAUCAUGCUUUCAUUAAUAUUGAAAUGAUAGUUAACCUAAACACUCUUUUAAAUUCUCUAUAUCUCUUCUCAUCCGAUUUUUUAUUUGAAUGAAAUAUUUACAGGAAAAGGUCUAUUCUGCUCGAAAAAACCUCCCAAAACUGGUGACAGUGACAAUGUUCUCACUCAUCAUCAAAGAAAACACGUAGAGCUGUUGAAAGUGCACCUUUUUGCUGCUUGUGAAGAUCAUAAAUGGGCAAUAGAAGUCAGUGCAGAUGACAAAGCCUAUAUUCGCCCUGAAACAUCAGGUUAAAAUUGGAUAUUAUUUUUUUCUUUAUAAAAAGCUACUUGCUAUAUUGAAACCCUUUUGUUCUUUUUUUAUCUUAAUAUAGUUGGAAUGGAUGGAACUAAACAUCAGUCGUUACUGCAACCAACUGAGGAAAGUGGUUUAACAAUACGUGCUCUUCCCAGUCACGAUUUUGGUGAUCCACGUUUGUAUGUUACACCAUCUGCCUAUCGUUUUAUGUCCCACGAAGUUAAGCAGAUGGAUGGUAAGUUUGAUAUUACUACUUAUAAAGUUCUUUUUAUUUGCAUUUGUGUGAUAGUUUAUUUGAUAUAAAAGUACCAUGUGAUAAUAAUUCUAUUUUUUACAGGUAUCCAGAGAGUGGUAUUGAAGGAUGAUAGCUCUGUUGUUACUGUUCGACCCAAACAGUAUGUGGGAAGCAGUGGUAGCGUCUGGGCAUCGGAGCAUGUGUAUUUACGAUGGAAGCAUCCACAAUUAUAUGAAGUUCAUGGACAAACUUCAAAUCCUGCUUUGAGGACAUUCUCAGCAAUGGCAAGGGACAACUUAUUCUAUUUUUUAGACACAACAGAAAAGGGGGAUGUGCAGUGUGUAGCAGAGGAUCCAUUGUGUAAGUUCCGUUCUUAUGAGAAAUGCCGUAUAGAACAUGUGUUAAGCAGUUUGAUAGAUGCCCUGAGCUUAUGGAAAAUAUCAAAGGAUAAGGUCGAAGCAAGCGAAAUUGCACUUGGCAAUGAAAUUGUCGACUCGCUAUUGGAAGCAACUAAAGAGCUACAGGACUUAAGAGAUAUUUUGGUAUCUACAACCACAACAACUGGAGAAGACUUGUGGUCUUCAUACGAAAUUUGCAUAACGAAAAUCAAAAAUGUUAUUAUUGACAUGAAAUUGCAUUGUCUUCCUGGUCCUCAUCGUCCAAGGCUUCUCGUGCAAACAGACAAAGGUCCUGGCGUAUCAAUAACCAAUUUUGAAGUAAAGUUUCGUGAUGCUGAACUGGCAAGGCUUUUUAAUUUGGACUGGCAGAUGAGGAUUCAUCUGGCCGUUAAUGACCCUUGUCCUGCUGAAAGAACUAACGCGUGUAUAGGUGAGGUUCCCAGCAGAUUUUUUAAUUUACACUGAACAUGAACACAUAAUUCAUAUAUCACGAACAUUUUGUUUUUCGCAGGCGAUGCAGUAUCAGAUGGCGGUCCCCUUCCAUAUAACAGAUUCCAACCUCAUGAAGAUAUCAGUGAAAGUUAUAUGAGGAAAGUAUGAAAAUUAUUGUAAUUUGAAUGGUCAUCUUUAUGCUCAUGCACUGUGAACUAAAUUUUGUCUCUGAAAGUAACUUUUCUAUUUUAUACUAUAAAGCUGUUGCGGUAGAUCGAUAAAUAUGGGGCUUUUUAAAAUAUCGAAUAUUCGAUAUUGCAUGUAGAAAAUAUCGCGGAAUAGGGAUUUACGCUUCAUAAAAGUGUCAAAGAGUGCUUUUUUCUUUUGUACAGUACGUUGGGUUUUUGUAUUAUAAAUAUGUCGUGACGUUUUGUUGAAUAUUUGGUUCAAUAUUUCUUGAAUUUAUAGAUUGGAUAAAAUAUCAACAUUAUCGGUAUUUUUUCGAUGACCAUAUUCGGUAUUUUCUUAAUUAAUACUGCAACACCCUAUUUAUAUUUCCCAAUGUUAAGAUGUCGUCAGAAGAGUUUCAAGUUCGUGAAGAACAAGCAGCGGAGAAGAACGCCUGGCACUGCUGUCAGGACAUUUGUGAUAGGGUUGACGAGUCUCCAGGACCCCAUGGAUACAUGGCAGCUCAUGUGACACCUAGACCAGGUCAGUUGUUAUAUUUCAACCCAAGUUCAUGUGAUAUAUACUGUAUACAAUUUAUAUUUGUAUAUAUUAAGUUGUGAAUUUCUGAUACAAGAACUGGCAGGGUUAUUUAUUUUUAAUAGCUACGAUAUCAAUUUCGUUUAGAAUCCCAAUUCUUCUACAACGCUUAUUAUCUACAGCAAUUCCAUACUGCAGGGACAAAAGUUGAAGCUAUACCUGGUCAUUGUUAUUUUAGAAAGGUUGAAAGGUUUCUUGAAACUCAUUAUGAAGAAGGUAACAAUUAUAGAGAAUUUUUAAAAUGUUCCAAUGAUUGCUUAUCUUGUGAUGGUUGGGUAGGACCUACCUUAACGAAAUGCCCAAGACCGUACCCAGAUAAUUCAGCUCUACCAGAGUACCAUUACUUGGCCUAUGAUAAAACGCCACUGGGAGAAAGAGAUAUAGACGACUGGCAGCCAAGAGCAGAUUAUCAAACAGUUUGCAGAAAAGAAGUUAGCUUCUUCAGAUCCAGAGAGUGUUUCCGCGUUUGCGGAUAAGUAUAUUGUGAAACCAAAGCUAGUGUUAGAAUAUGUUAAACAUCUGGAAGUUAAAGAAUGGGAAAAAGAGAAAAAGAGAAACGAAACAGCAGAAAACGUUAAAAGAGCAAAAGAGAAGAUGUAUUCUGACUACGCAUGGGACAACCUGGUUAAAGAUGACAAAGAACUGAAAAGGCUUCGCGUUUGUGAAUUGAACAAGUACCUUGUGCACAAUGGUCUACAGAAGUACUUGAAAAAACGCAAAACUGAUAAAAUCCACAUUCUCCAGCAGCACUGGUUUUCAAAACAUGCGGAGAUGGAGGAAGAAAGUGACAUCGAUGCACAUGCAGAAGAGAAGGAAUAUGAUAUUAGACGGGAAGGAGAGUGUGAUGAAGAGCAUGAUAAUGGUGAUGAUGAUAAUGAUGGUGAUGACGAUGGUAAUGAUGACGAUCGUAAUGAUGAUGGUAAUGAUGGUGAUGAUGAUGAUGAUGAUGAUGAUGAUGAUGAUGAUGAUGAUGAUGAUGAUGACAAGCAAGAGGAAGGAGAUGACAGAGAGGAUAUAUUUAGAGAUAGCGAUGAGGAGGAGAGCGUGGAUAUUGAGCACGACAUUGUGCUUGCAGUGAUUGCUGAGGAAGAUGGUUGGGAAACCAGAGAAGCUGUGUCACGCUCUGGAAGAAAAGUUCAUAAAAGGAAUGAUACAAACUUCUUGUACUUUUAA